AUGACGGGCGCGGGGCGGGAGCGGGACGCGGACGUGGACGCGGCGGCGGCGGCGAAGGCGCAGGCGGCGCGGGAGGUGUGCGCAGCGUCGGCGGCGUUCGCGUCGUGCCCGCACCGCCGCCGCUCCCCGCGCGGCGGCCGGCCGCACUUCGUCGACUGGUACCUCGUCCUCGCCAUCGGCGAGGCCGCGUCGGAGGACGCCGUGCGGCGGCGGUACCGGCAGCUCGCGCUGCAGCUGCAUCCGGACAAGAACAGGCACCCCAAGGCGGAGGUCGCGUUCAAGAUCGUCUCCGAGGCGCACGCGUGCCUGACGGACAAGGCGCGCCGGCGGGCCUUCGACGCGGAGCGCCGCGCCAGCUUCUGCGCCGCGUGCCACGACCGCCACGCCGCCAGGUCGCCGCCCGCCGCCGCCGGCAGGCUCCGCGCCUCGGCCGGCAGCAAGCAGAGGGUGGCGGCCGAUGCGCAGGCGGCGUCCAGGAGCAAGGAGGGGACCCGCGCCGCGCAGGCGCUGCGGGACGUGCAGAACCGGCUGCGGGACGAGUGCCGGGUCAUCGACGGCUGCCUGCGGGCCAACAACGCCGCGGCGUGCGCGCGCCGGCGCCAGUCGUUCCCGCUCUUCGACCCCUCCGACCGGCGCCGCUUCCCCGACUACCCGCACGUCCGCCCGCCGCCGUUCGGCAACGCGGAGUUCUGGCGCUUCGAGGAGCGCAUUGGCCGCGCGGAUCAAAAAGACCAGAACCAGAGGUGGUGCAGAGGCGGAGGCGAGUCGCCUGUGUACCAGAUCAGGACGGCGGCGCCCGCAGAGUGCACCGCGCGAACCAACCGUGCGUGGUGAAGACAGCAUUAGCAUAAG